AUGGAUGUCUCUAUUAUCGAGAAUACGGAGAAAAGCCUAUUGGAGUGGAAAAAUGAAAAAACUUAUCCUCCGAAAUUGAAAAUACCAAGAACAGAUAUUUUGAAAAGAAUAGAGGAAGACCGAGAAAGAUCAAAACACCUUCGUGAAGACAUCUGGUGGGUAGAUAAAAGUAUUAAAGAUGGUGAAGCAAUUAGAUUAUGGGAAGAGUGUUCGGAGCUUGACGAAGGAGAUUACUUGGAAAUAUUAGCAGAAAACUUCAAGUAUAAUCCAGAACAUCCCUGGCAGGAUGAUUAUAAGAAGGUGUUAUUGUGGAAUGCGGAACAAAAACGGCUUGAGGAAGAGGCCGCUGUAUUACGAGAGAAAGCUAGGAAUGAGAAACUUGAAGAAGAAGGGGUUCGAAAAAAACGUGAGGAGGAACUCAGGGUUCGAAGAUUACGAGAGGAGGCCGAGCGGAAAUUACAAGAUCAGAGAGAACGACAAUUUCAAGAGGCGGAGAAACUCCGAGUCCGGCAAUCACAAAGAGAAGAAAGGAUAUCACAGGUGGAAUAUAAGACUUAUCAUUCGCAGGACGAAGUUCGGAAUUCGCAAGACAAGGAAAUUUUUAUUGCUCAAAGGUUAAAAGACGAAGAGACGCAAAGGGCUCAACGUUUACGUGAGGAGGAGGAAGCACAGAAAGUGUGGCAAAUAGUAUUUAAGGAACACGAACAGAGUAAAAAGAG